AUGGCCUUUCCUUACCCUUCUCGCCUCCUGGUGGCCUGUCAAGACAAGGCUUUCCAUACCGCUGGGUCUUACAGACUGGCCUCACGCUGCUUCGUUGCGAGGAACUCCCUACAGUCACGAUCCCAUGCCAUACAAGCCGGUAUCGUCGAUCGCGCCAGUGAUCAGUCGUUCAUACCCCCAGGCUUCCUCCCAUCAAAGCCUCCACCUCCUUCCAUCACAUACCGUCAUCACCACACAAACACCCCUUACUGGCAACACAUUGGCAUAUGGCGAGCUGUGUCAGAAGAGGAAUUUCUUAGCUACAGAUGGCAGGUAGCGAACACGAUCGAUAGGAAGGACAAACUACUAAGAUUCCUUGCUGGAGUCCUUCCUGAGCGAACCCCACAGCCUCCUGGGAUAGAGAGCAGUCUCGAAGGCAUCAAGACGCGCGACGACUUCAUUGCCGAUGUCGAGGCAGGCAUCAAAGCGGCGCCGAUGGCCGUUCGACUGACACCACAUAUCCUGAGUGUUGCAGACUGGAGCAAUCCCCUGGUCGAUCCGAUUCGACGCCAGUUUGUACCACUCCAGUCAACACGGCGUCCGGACCAUGAAGCACUCUCUUUCGAUUCGCUGCAUGAGACGGCCGACUCUCCUGUCCCUGGACUCGUCCAUCGUUAUCCGGAUAAAGUGCUGUUCCUCGCAACCUCCGUCUGUCCCGUCUACUGUCGGUUCUGCACGCGUUCCUACGCGGUCGGCAGCAACACCGAAUCCGUGACCAAAGCCUCUCAACGACCAACACGCAAACGAUGGGAAGCAAUGUUCGAGUACAUCGAACAGAACCCCGAAAUCCAAGACGUAGUCGUCUCAGGAGGCGACUCGUACUACCUCCAACCCGAGCAACUUCGCCUCAUAGGAGAACGCCUCCUCUCCAUCCCACAAAUCCAACGUUUCCGCUUCGCAACCAAAGGCCUCGCCGUCUGCCCCAUGCGCAUCCUCGACAACUCCGACGCGUGGUCCGAGACUUUCAUCGCGCUGAGCGACCAAGGCCGCCAGAUGGGUAAGCAAGUCGCGAUGCACACGCACUUCAACCAUCCACGCGAAAUCACCUGGGCGACCACCAUGGCUGCCAAAUACCUCUUCUCGCGCGGCGUGACCGUCCGCAAUCAGACAGUCCUGCUCCGCGGCGUCAACGACGACGUGCCCACCAUGUCCCUCCUCAUUCGCAAACUCGCGGACCUCAACAUCACCCCUUACUACGUCUACCAAUCCGACCUGAUCCGCGGCGUGGAAGACCUUCGCACGCCUCUGUCCACGAUCUUACGGUUGGAGAAGCAUCUUCGCGGGACGAUUGCAGGGUUCAUGAUGCCAUCGUUCGUCGUCGAUUUGCCCGGCGGAGGCGGCAAGCGGUUGGCGAAUAGCUUCGAGUCGUACGAUGAGGAGACGGGGCUGAGUACGUGGAAGGCGCCUGGUGUCGCUGGGGAUGAGGUUUUCACUUACCAUGAUCCCGUCAAGGACUAG